UCUCACUACGACAUCUCCUCCUCUCUCUCUCUCUCGCGCUCCCUGUCUCUCUCUCUCUUCUUUUCUCUGUGAGUAUGCUCAGUCAUUCAGCUCUGUGCACUGCUGUUGUUUCGUGAGGCUGGAGAGCCGGUGGGAAGCCUGUGAUUGGGGAAAUAAGCACUUGUGUCUACGCCAGCUGCCUCCGAGACAAACUAGAUACAGAGAAGGGACGCUGGUGCUGUGGAUUUUAAGCCGCUCAUAUCAAGAAGAAAUGGAUUUGUGGCACGUGUGAACUUUGGAGAGGCAUGUGUAAACGACAUGAACUGCUCCCAUUUGGCAUCAGCGUCUGCUGGAGGAAGAGAUGUCUCUGAAAUCUGCUGCUUACCUUAACUGUCUCAUGUCGAUCUGCGCCCGAGAGGUCGAAAACUCUGGCGGUACGUUACUAAUCAUUGAGAUGUAAGGUGGUGACACAUGGUUUAUCGCAUGAUUUAACAGGAAACAGAUACAACUCAGAAAGGUUAACCUCACAGACAUCUGUUAUACCUGAUUACACCUGAGAUGAGGGGGAAAAUGACUGGCUAGAGGCAGGAUUAAAGGAGUAACCUGUGAUGUCAGACUCCACCUGGGGCAGUCGUUGUACAUUCUGCUGAGUAGUUACAGCUUUGUCAAAGGAGGUUGGGGGCAGCAGGCGCAGACUUCAUUUCCAGGUGUGUAAACCACACAGACCUGACUCACCUGACAUCAUCACAUCCCUGUCUGGGGUCCCUUCUUUUACUGAUUUUCCUCACCUCAUCUUCUCAGUAUUCUCAGCUAUCAGACCUGCCACCACCUCUCCUUCUCUCCCCAUGGAGCCACUAAAAUGACAAGAGAAGUGACACUAAUUAAUGUGACUCCCAGCAGCCUAAGUCUGAUUCCACAGCACUAAAGUAGAAGGGGGAAAGAAAAAGCUUUGUGAACACUUGUUCAACUGUCAUCACGUGGAAAAAGAGAAGCACCAUGUGGAAUCAGUCGGGAUACUGCAAUCACAUACCUCAUCCUGGAUAUCCUUUUUACCAUGCACCAUGCAGUCACAACCAGAGGACCACCACAUUUCGACAUCCUGUGACUGGACAGAUUUCCCCAGAGAACAUGGAUUUUAUCCUGCAGCCGCAGGGUACUCGAAUGAUGUCAAAACCUGCGGGUGAGCAGCUCUCCAGUACUACCGUCAGCGAAGCCUCCACUGCCAUCACCUCUUCCACUGUGGACACUUCAGCCUCCAAGGGCUCCCGGUCCAGUGGCAAGGUGCACAGCUUUGGGAAGAGAGAGCAGUCCAUCAAGAGGAAUCCCAAUGUCCCUGUGGUGGUCCGCGGAUGGCUGUACAAACAGGACAGCUCUGGGAUGCGUCUUUGGAAGAGGAAAUGGUUUGUCUUGGCUGAUUUCUGUCUGUUUUACUACAAAGACAGCAGAGAGGAGUCAGUCCUGGGCAGUAUUCCUCUGCCCAGCUAUGUCAUUUCACCAGUGGGACUCGAGGAUCACAUCAACCGCAAGUAUGCCUUUAAGGCUAGCCACACUGGUAUGCGCUCGUACAUUUACAAGCAGACCUCUGUGAUUGGCUCGCAGGCGGAGCACACUGGGAUGCGAACCUAUUACUUCAGUGCCGACACCCAAGAAGACAUGAACACCUGGCUUAGGGCCAUGAACCAGGCCGCGCUGAUGCAGAACCACAGCGAUGCAAUGAUCAGACCAGCUGAUAAGUUGGAGAAGUUGUCGCAGCAGGCUGUCCCACAGACAAACCAUGUAAGCCACCACAAGACCAAGACUUCCGAUUCUGAGACAACAAGACAGAUGAUUCAUGAGGUUCUCCUGGAGCCCAUACACCGUGACGCAGAGGAACGUUGCAGCUUUCACAAAGACUCUCCUGCCACCAUCAUGUUGGAUCCCCCCAUAGGAAGCACUGGCCUAGAAAUGGACACGCACACUUCCCUCCCAUCUAAUCCCGCACCCUCUGCCGUACCACAGCCCGAUCACAUUUCGGCUUCAGCGCCUGUGUCCAGGGUGCCGUCCCGUGCUCCGUCACGAGCCGCUUCGACUUUGCCCUCCAGCAUUUGCACAAGAAAUGGCCUCGUCUCCACACCCAGCCCCAUACUGGAACCCAACGGCAUCGCAGCAGGGACGUAUCAAAGGGCCCCAGAGCCACCUGCUAAUAACACACAAAAGCACGCUCAGAGGAGAAGUACCCUUGAGCAGGUGGAGCAGUGGGUCAAAGUACAGAAGGCUGAGUACAAAGGUCCCUCAUCCAGAGAGAACACCCUCCCUCGUCGCACACCACCAACACAACACAAGUACACCUCCAUGGACGCCUACCAAACCCUGCCAAAAACUCCUCGCCAAAGUCCCCCACCUGGCCGACUUGGCGAGUACAAGUAUGCCCAGGACCGCCUGAGUCACUUCCGCCUGACUCCAGAUCAGGGGGGCCCGGCGUCCAACACUGUCUGGCAACUGUAUGAGUGGCAGCAGCGCCACCAGUACCGUCACGGCAGCCCUACCGCACCGCUUUACACCCCGGCCCCAGAGUAUCCAUUUGGCCCCCGCCCACCAUCUACUGUGCCUCCCUCCUCUUCAGCACCUAGGUCAGAGGGCGCUCCUCGCUGUGUCUCAGUACCACCAUCAUCAGCAGACAUACCUCCACCAGGCCCUCCUCCUGGCAUCAGCCGAACCCUGUCCCCCGCACGGAGGCCACACACGCCGGCUGAGCGGGUGACAGUCAAGCCUGUGAGUGAUAUAUCCGUGUUGAACAUCCCCUUCACUGUUUCCCCUCGUAGGACCAAAUCUCAGCUGUUUAAGGCUGCUACUGUUGAGAGACGAUCAAUGCCCCCGUCCGGCUACAUCACUCACACAGUCAGUGCACCCAGCCUUCAUGGCAAAACGGCUGAUGACACCUAUAUGCAGCUGAAGAAGGACUUGGAGUAUCUGGACCUAAAGAUCAGAGCUCUAGAGCCCCUGAUCCUCGCAGUUCACAGUUUACUACUGCACUGCACUGCUGGGCCUCUCAGGCCUCUAAUGAACGUAGCUGGAAAUCAGGCACUGAAGGAGUCAGGAAAACCUGUCAAGGUUGCAGAAAGUGAUGUGGAUGUGAAGUUGAGUCGGUUAUGUGAACAGGACAACAUACUAAAGGAUCUGGAGGCGAGGAUCAGCUCCCUGAAGGACGACAAGGACAAGCUGGAGAGUGUAUUAGAUUUGUCCCAUCAGCAGAUGGAGCAGUACCAGGAACAACCAGCUCAUGCCCACAAAAUCGCCUACCAGCAGAGGCUGCUGCAGGAAGAUCUGGUGACGAUCAGGGCGCAAAUAUCUCGCGUUUCCACGGAGAUGGCACAUGCCUGGGAGGAGUACAGCAGGCUUGAGAAUUCAGUAGAGCAGUUGAGGCUAGCACUGCAGGCACAAAUGAACCACAGCUCCACCUCUCAGCAAGAGAAAGCUGAGAUGAAGCGCGAGCUGUGGAGGAUUGAAGAUGUGAUGGCCGGACUGAGUGCCAGCAAAGCCAACUACAAGAUUACCAUCGACUCUGUCCAGAACCCAGAGAGGAAAUUAGUGCCUUCAGUGUCAGAACCAGCAGUGCCUUCUCCCAGUGCAGAGAUCCAGCCUCCUCCUCGCAGCUCCAUCCCAAACAUCCACUCUUAUACUUUGCCUCACAGCACUGUGCCAAAGUGGGCAGAGGACAGUGCCCCACCCAGGCCACCACUGCCUCGCCAGUACGACUAUGAGGAUAUACCUCCUGUGGUUCCGCCCCUCCCCAAAGAGGCCUCAGUUAUCCGCCACACAUCGGUGCGUGGGCUGAAGCGCCAGUCAGAUGAGAGGAAGAGGGACAGAGAAAGUGGCCAAUAUGUUGUCAAUGGAGACUAUAAGACUGACUUGCGUUCAUACCUGAGUGAACCAGAGCUGCCAGGAGUAAACCACCACAACAUUGGGUCUGACACUGACUAUCAGUAUUUCUCAAGUAAAGGCUCCUCAUCUCGACAGAACCAGUCCAACUCCAUCUCAUCCUAUGUCACCCUAAGGAGAGGACCUGGGAGCUCUGCAGCAAAGGAAAGACCUAAGAGUGCCUUGGAGUGUCUGUCAUCAACUUCCGAAGUCCUGCAGCCCUCGAGCAGCCAGCCCAGAGGCCGAAUGACUGCGGAGGAGCAGCUGGAACGAAUGAAGCGCCACCAGAAAGCGUUAGUUCGGGAGCGCAAGAGGAACCUCAGCCAGGGCGAGCGUUCCAGCACGGGCCUGUCUGCCUACAGCGUCACCGCCCAACGCUCGUCGUCCUCCUCAAGGCUGCCCUCGAGCACCUCCGACCCUCCAGCCUCCGUGUUUAACUGGCAGGAGGAGCGACCUGUGGCAGAAGGUCAAAGCGAUGAAGGGUGGAAUCCAGUCAAAGAGAGGGGCAGGAUCCAGUCAGAUGAGUGGGUGACAGUAACAGCUACACGCAUAAGAGAGGUGGAUGUGGAACCUCUUGACUAUGACCUGGAUAUCAGCCGAGAGCUGUCCAAACCAGAAAAAGUUCUCAUCCCUGAGCGCUACAUUGAGUCUGACACCGAUGAGCCUCUUAGUCCAGAGGAGCUGGAGGAACGUGCCCGUCGGGCUGAGCGAAUCAAGACUCUGCUGGCCAAAUCCAGUUUCCAGAACAUACAGCCAUCUGCACCGCUGGACUUCACUGAGCUGGAUUCAGCUCUGCAGCAGCAGGAGAGGAUCAUGAAUGUGUCCCAGAUGCUGGCUUCAGAGGCCUCACGCAAGAGCAAGCUUGUUGCAGGGACUGAAAGACUGGAGAGCUGGUGAGCAUAUCUGGUCCAGCAAGAGCUACUGCAGACCACUGAUCCACAGGAACGACCGGUGCAACAAAACUGAGUCUUUGUGAAAGGAGCUUGAACUGGAAGGAUCUAAUCAUUGGAAAUGGACUGAUUUACAUAUAACAAAUCCUUUUCUUUUUUUCUUUUUUUUAAUGAUUGAGGACUAAACACAUUUUUUCAAGAGUUUUUCAUUCAUAUUUCUGAAGUGGUAUCAGGUUUUCUUGCUUCUGCAAUUACACUGCACAUUUAAGUAAUUAUUUUUAACACAAGUGAGUUGCUUUUUUAAAAUCUACAUUUACUUACCUGUACUGUUGAAAAGUGACAUGAAAUUAAGUUUUAGCUGGAUUUCAGUUUUAAAUUGCAGCGAGAUCACUUUGACCAUUAUUUAUUGCAGCGUUUAGCUUCACGGGCUUCGUAUACUUUCCCAGCACUGUCACUCGAUGAUCCAGAACCCGUCAGUCAUCACAAAAGCAUUAAUAAAUAAUACAGUUUAACAUAUUAAAAGAAGUUAUUACAAAAAUAAAUAUUAAGAUUG